AUGAUUCUGCCCUUUGAGUCUGAGUUCUCUCCUGAGCUCAUACCGGACCCUGUGAGAACUGGAGAGGAGAUCCCAGUGAUCAUUACUGCUGCAGAGGAGAUACUGGAAGCUGUGGUGGCUGCCAUGAACAGUGGCUACCAGAACAGCAAAGCCAACAUCGUGUUCAACAUUGUGGAUCACCUCAAGUGAAUGAUUAACGUGUUAACUCUGCCAUGGUGUUAAUAAAAAGCACAAUAGAGACUUGUUUGUUUGAGGCUGAAUUAUUUUAGCGUUUUUAAUGCCCAUGUGGUAUCUAAGGAAUUAAUGACUUUGUUAGCUUUGCAAAUGGUAAUGUGGUAUCUAAGGAAUUUAUGACGUUGUUAGUGUUUGCAAAUGGUAGCUUAGAGAAUGUUGAUUUGGCCUAGGGAGACAUCUGGAGAGCAGUUCUAUAGGAGUACCCUAAAACAGAGGAAGUCUGUUGUGUGGAGUGAUGGGAUUGGUCUGUAGGGGAAACCACCCCUAUCUUGGUAAAGAUUAUAAAUACUUGGUGAAGACAAAGGAGGUCAGAACAACAUAUUCUUUUGGGUCCACUGUUCUCCAGAUGCUUGCAGGUAUCUGUAAAUCGACGCUGAAAUCCUUUGUUAUGAAUAAACCUUUAUAAUCAAAGUACAGUGUCAGCGGAUCUCCUUGUCCUCCACAGCAUGAUUAGCAACAUGUUUUCAGACACAACAAAAUGGCGACGAGGAACGUUUGGGACGGUCUGCGUCUCUCCAGUGUUCCAUUCAUGAGCAGCAAAGUGACUCCCGCUCAAGACGCCGGCUCAUAAGGUGAGAUUUCUCACAAUUUUGUGCGCGGGUCAAUUCGUAGGCUUAUGUGGGUGUUUGCUGGAGAGAUGUACCGUUUAAAAAAACUCGUGUGCAUUUUGCUGUUUUGCUGUGGGAUAGGAGUCAGUUCUAAAUUUCAAAUGUGUUUGCGCUGAAAGCAACGCAAACAGGGGGGAGUGUCGAUAACUAUUGAAUAAUAUAAUGAAGUAAUAAGGCCAGGGUAAAUGUAUACAAAUUAGGACAUUGCGGAUCUAUGGAAGCCCUCUAAGGAGGCGAUCAUUAGGAUGGGCCGAAAAUCCUAAAAGCACAUUAGGUGGGUUUAGGUCAGUCCCGGGGACUGGGGAUUGUGGUAUAUACAUUCUAUUGCAAGUUACCGUUCAUCUUAUAGUUGACGAAGUAUAUGUUUGAUGUGACCGCUCAUUGAAUAUCCGCAAACUCGUGGUAGCCUAAAUUUAGGAACAAUGGAAAAUACGGCGCAAUGGAGGUAACAUGCUACAUGCUACCUUAGGGGUCCAUAGGAAUGGAAUAAGCCGCUUAAAACUGUGUAUGUAUGAAAGAGAGAGAGAGAAAAAUAAUAAAAUAAAGACGUCUCUGUUGUGUUUAAACUGUGUGUCGACUCAUAUUAGGAUAAGAUUUAUGUUAGAGAUAUAUACAUAUAUAUGUUUUGGUUGAGGAUAGGGGUUUUUGUUUUUAUAAGGAAAUACGUAAGUUAAGGUUAAAAAAUCUUAUGAGUCUCCGUUGGUGAGAACGUUAAUAGUUGUUAACUAUAUAUGAGCCCCCUGGAAGGACGCUAAGGUUAAAAAACGUAUGAGUCUCUAUAAAAAGAGAAUGUUUACUAACUAUUAGAAUAUCAUGAGCCUACAGGGAGGAGGUUUUAAUAGUGUAUAGAGAUGUUUUGUAAUAGAUAAGGAAAUAACUAUAAAUCUGCAGAUUAGGAUAAAGGGAAGUUAAGAAACUUCUAAGUAGGAUUUGUGUUCAAUGUUUUAUGUUGGUUUGUGAGCUCUGUUAAGUGUUACUGUUUGUCUAUGGGGGGUAAAAGAGAGGAAGUACAGCGGGACUGUCUACUUUCUGUUGUCUAGCUUGGAGAGAGCUGGGAGAGAGCUCCAUCCACUCUGAAAUCGUAUUGGUGAAUGUACUAUGCAUGCGUGUGAUUUUAUGAGUUUAGAGUUGCGUAGGGCUGACAGAGCGGACAGAGCAGACGGAGACGAAUGGGGAGAUUUAGACACUAAUAGUGUUCUGUUUGUUAAAUCGGCUGUUUAACGAUGAAAUUAUUUGAUUGAGACCCAUUGAAUUGAUAGAUGAGAGAUAUGUUGACGGAUUAAAAAUAAAAAUAAAUAAAUAAAAUAAAAUGUUAUUGAGCUAUUUAUACUAUUCCUGAGUUAAGUUUGCUUAUUUCUUAGCGCGAAUGUGACUAGAGGAAUGUUGAAUGGUUGAAAUAACUCAGUGAGUGCAUAAACUAUUACAUUAUUGUCUGUUUCUUUGUUAUUCUGUCAUAUGAGAGACGAUAAGAAGGAGGAGAGAGAGAGACAGAGAGGAAUUGCUGACGUGUACAUCACGCGACAGAGUCUGCUGCAACAGGAUCAAGUCAAACUAAGGCCCGUACUGUUCUAUUUACAAAACUUACCUUCCCAUACAGGAUAUUUUGUGUGCCUAGCAUAUUUGAUGUUAUGACAAUUUGACAGGGACUUGGCAACAGACUGAUCAAUUGAUGUAAUUGCAUAUUGGAAUUUUUGUGAAUAAGUUGGUUUGAUUAGAGUUGUGUUGGAAAUCGAGUACUGACAUUAUUCUGUAAAUUAAGGUAAUUGGGUGCUUAUUAAGCAAUUGGUUUGUGAGUGCUGUAGUGUUGCUGGAUUAUAGGUCUUUCUUUUUUGGAUUGCUCUGAAGUUGACUACUUUCCUUUACUUUUCCUGAUCGGAUGUGGUAAGAUUGCCACUAAUCAAUAACUUGGUAAAAUAAAAAUCAAUAAAAAUAAUACUUUUUUUUGUUUUUUUAAUUCAUUAUACAUUUUUUAAUUGAUUAAUUUUUAUUUAAUUGUUUAAUAAAAAAAAUAUAAACAAAUAUAAAAAAUUGGGAGGAAACCAUAAGCUAUAUAGUCUAAAAUAAUAAAAUAAUUCACAAUAAAGGAAUAUAAAAUAGUUGUUACAAUGGGGAAAAGGGACAUCAAAACUAUGAAAGUAAUUACACCUGUUGAAUAGUAAUCCUUUAGUUAAUGGUAUUGCAAGGUUAUCUGGAAAAUGGAAUAAACGUUGGCCUGACAUUGAACAACCAUGGCCAGUGGAAGGGACUCUUAACCCUGACGUCAUCAACAUAAUGAAAGUGCUUCUGUCAAUUCAUAAGGCAGAUCAAAAGAAAGGGAAAAAAAGGGAACAUCGUAAAGAAAAGAGACAAAGAGAGCUGGGUGUUCUUAAGCUGUUUGAAAAUGAAGGAAAAAAACUGAUGAAAGAUACCAACGAUAAAAGAAACAAAGGUAUAGAGGAAAUUGUAAAAGCAGUGAAGGUGACAGAAAACCUAAUGACAGAAGUCAGUACACCUUUCUCACAUACGGAUUCAGUAAAAAGACCCCCACCUUAUGAGAAAGAAGUAGAGUUUAAGGACGUCUAUCCUCAGCUUCCAGUGAUCAUUCAGGAGGGUGAUUAUUGCAUCAGAGAUGAAGAUGAACAAAUAAUAGAGAGAGGACAAGCAGAAACGACCAUAAAAAUGAAUCCAAACUCCAAAAGUAAGAAAAAAACGAGAUGUCUGGAAACUAAGGGUGGAGUGAGGUUUAGGAGGAUGAAACUUGAAGAUGAUGAUGAUGAUGAUGAUCAGAGUGAUUCACAAGAGAUCAUGGGUGGAUAUGACCCUGUGAUCAGACGGAGGUUGGCCAGAGCGGAAAGAAGGGGUGAUGGAUAUUUGAAGAAGAAGAAUACAAGAUAUUCCAGUUCUGAUGAAAGCAAAGAUGAAGACAGCGAUAAAGAUUCUGAGAUUAAAGGUGCUUCAUAUUCAAGAGUAUUUUAUCCUACAAUGACUAGCACAGAAGAAAUAGAAAGAGAUAUAGACCGAUGCGUAUCAUGCCUGGAUAAAGCGAAUAAUUUAGAAGAAGUAAGAGAACUGGAACAACAACUCGAGAAGCUGAAGAUACAGAAGAAAAAACUGCUGAGAAAAGGACCCCAAGAAUUGGAGAAAAAGUAUACAUUAAGGCCAAGGAAAGAGGGCACCAGUAAGAAGAUGAUGCCAGUGAUCAUUCGAGGACAAAACCUAGAAUAUAAGCCUUUGCAAAAUACCGAUAUGUCAGAUAUACUUGAGAAGCUGCCUACUCUUCAAGAUGGAGCCUAUCCUUGGAUUUCAAAAUUGGAAGAAAUUACGGUGGGAACACAGUCAGCCAUAGGAGACAUUAAGAUACUUUUGGCUAAUCUCCUUGGGAUUCCAGAUAUGGAAGAAAUAUUUCAGAGAGCUGGACUCAAUAGAUAUGUGGGGACCCUGAAUUGUUGGCUGCAAGUAGGAAUCGUCUGUGGAGAGCACUGAAAGAUACGUUUCCAACAAAUGUGCAUCCUGACAACAUUCUGAUUUAUCCACUAGGACAACAAGAAAAUCCGAGAGCCUAUGUGUCAAGAGUCCAUCAAGUGUGGAGAAAUAUUACCGGAAAUGAUCCAGAUGUGAGUCAAAUUGAGCAGUCAAUUUUGAGAGCUAAACUGCAGAUGGGACUGCCCUCACCAGUAAGGAGCAAACUGGCAGAGGUGGUUGGACUUGGAAGCAUGACAAAAGGCGUUUAUACAGAUCAUAUAGCCCAUCAAGUGGAUCUGUACAGGAAAAAGGAACACAACCAGAAAGAACAGGACCAAGAAACUCUCAGAAAACUCAAUCAAAUACAACUGGUGGAGAAUAAGAAGGAGAAGAAACAAGCUUUGGUUAUGCAGAAUCAGUGUGCACCAAAUCAACAAUCACUGCCACAGCUUCAACCGGACCAGUUCCAACCGCAAUUGUACCAGCCACCAAUAGCGUUACCAGUUGUUUCAUAUCCACAGCCAGUUUCUGGACAGACACAGAAUUGGAGAGGAAGAGGACGAGAAGGCUUAGAAAGAGGAAGAGGAGGAAGAUUUAAGCCAUACUUCCAGCAAUCUCCAGAAGUGUGUUAUAGUUGUGGACAGGUUGGUCACUUUGCCCGUGAGUGCAAUGGGCCAGGAGGAAACAUCAGAGGGAAUUUCAGAGGAAGAUACAGGGGUCAGUCAAGAUCAUCUGGAGGACCGGUGAACCCCUAUAGGGGCCCGGAGCAAGGAUUCUAGGGGUGCCCAGAAGAUCCGAAAGGGGGGUGUCAGCUGGUAGCAUCAGGACCGGAAAAAGAUCCAACAAUUGAGGUAAAAAUAAACAACCGACCAUUGGAAUUGAUGGCGGAUAGCGGAGCUGCUUUUACCUGCGUUCGGCCUGAAGAUGCUACACAUCUCCCUAUGUCCAAUCAACUCAUUAGGACAAUCGGAUUCGAGGGAGUAAAACAGCUGAUUCCUCUUACGGAACCAAUUGAGCUCUGCUAUAAAAAUCAAAAAAUUACAAUACCCAUACUGGUAUCAGAACAUACACCUAUUGCAUUGUUGGGAAGAGAUGCAUUGUGUAAGUUGAACUGUACAAUAAGAUGUACACCAGACGGCUGUCUGGUAGAAGUGCCAAAGGAAAAGGUUUACCAAUUGUUGAUGAUGACAGAGAUGGAUUUGUCUACAGUAUUCUGUAUUGGAAAUCUCAGUGAAGAUUUUUUGAAUCAGGCUAAGAUAUGGGAGAAAUUUAUUGUGGCAAAUAUGCCGGAUGCGAGAAGAAUGCUGCCCAAUCGAACUCAGGGGAAUGGUUGAGUCAUCAACCAAAGAAAGUUCAACUCAGCUCAUGUUGCAUUAUUUUAGGACCACAAGGAGCAGCUAUGAAGAUAAACACAGACGAUUAUCUGAAUAAAGAAUUUGAGAUUGAGAAGAGUGUGCCACAUGUGACCUUGUUGGUUUCGGAAGGCUAUGAGCAGAAGCAAAUAGGAGAAAUUAUGACAGAAGCAGAGAAAGCUGUUUUCGUACCGAUGAAAGAGAAUUUGGCGAUUUGGAGGAGUGAAGAUCAGCGAUUUCUCAAAAUAAUGAUUUCGGCUCAAGGACAAGGAGAGCCACAAGCUGUAAGGAUGACACAUGAAUCUAUUUGCAGUGUGCAGAUGAAUUCAGACCCUAUGAAAGAGGAGAUGUUGCAACAAGUUCCAGAAGGUUUGUGGUCUCAACACAGUACCGAUAUUGGACUUGUGAAAUCAGCCCAACCUGUGAAAGUUGAACUUCGACCAGGAGCCAGACCUCCUUGGAAGAAUCAGUAUCCAUUGAAAGAUGAAGCAAUCGAAGUGAUUGAACCACAAAUUGAAGAACUUUCGAAAGCAGGUGUUUUAAGGACAACAAAAAACCCUCGGAGUAACACGCCUUUGUGGCCUGUGAAAAAACCAGAUGAAACUUAUCGUGUUGUUCAUGAUUUGAGAGCAGUGAAUGAGGUAGUGACUGACUUUCCAGCAGAAGUGCCAGAUCCGCAUACCUUGUUAGCCCAAGUUCCUCCUAAUGCGACACAUUUUACGGUGUUAGACUUAUGUGGUGCAUUUUUUAGUGUUCCACUUAGUGUAGAAAGUCAGGGUUUAUUUGGGUUCACAUAUAAGGGACAAUUCUAUGAGUACAGUCGUUUGCCACAGGGGUACAGGCAUAGUCCUCAUAUUUUCAAUAAAGUACUGAAGGAUGAUUUGGUAGGGAUAGAUCAGAUAUUGCAAAGCACUGUCAUUCAGUACGUAGAUGAUAUAAUUAUUUGCUCACAAAAUAAGGAAACAUGUCAUAGAGACUCAAUUAAAUUGCUGCGGGUAUUGGCAGAAAAGGGGCAUACGGUUUCACAGAAAAAGCUGCAAUAUUGCCAGGAGAAGGUUGUUUAUUUGGGUCAGAAAAUAACGCAUGGCCACAGAGACAUUUCGGACAGUCAAUUGGAAGCUAUUCGUAAGGCUCCGAAGCCUAGAACUGUCAGAGAGAUGAUGACAUUUCUUGGUAUUGCUGGUUAUUCCUCAGCUUGGGUGAGGGCUACUAGUUUGAUGGCACCUUUGAGAGCUAUGGUUAGGGAUACUGGAAGUGGUCAACUCCAUAGCAAUCUUUCCUGGACACAGGAAGGCCAUGUGGCAUUUGAAACGAUCAAACAGAGGUUGCAGGAGGCACCUGCACUUACACUACCAGAUUACUCUAAGAACUUUUUGCUAUAUGUGUCUACUUCUAUUGGAGGUAGAUAUGCAUGUGCAGUUCUUUGUCAGCCGACAGGCACAGGGAUGAAUCCUCAGCCUAUUUCCUACUACUCUACUGCUUAUUCAGAAGUAGAAUUAGGGUUACCACUGUGCUAUAGAGCAAUGGUGGGAGUAUGUUCAAUGUAUGACAAAGCAUCAUCGGUUAUGAUGGGUUACCCGGUAACAAUUCUUACCCAUCAUAGUCUCAGAAAUCUUCUGAACUAUGGGAAAUAUACAUUGACUAUGCCUAGGCUCAGAGACUAUCAUAGGCUCUUAGAGCAGGAAGAUGUCACCCUAGUGAGGUGUGAUACGGUAAAUCCAGCCGAGAAUUUGCCAACUUUAGAGGAUGGUGAGCCACAUGAUUGUGUCCAAGAAGCAGAGAAAUAUUCGAGGCUUAGAUCAGAUUUGCAAGCCUUUCCAUUACGUGAGGUAGACCUGGAGUAUUGGACUGAUGGGUCUUGUUAUCGUGUGGGAGAUAAAUUGUGUGCUGGCUAUGCAGUAGUUAAAGCCAAAGGAACUGGAUUUGUUGUUGAAAAGGCUGAAGUAAUACCACAGCCUGCGUCUGCACAACUUGCUGAACUUGUGGGGCUAACAGAAGCAUGUUUGUUAGCAGAAGGAAAGCGAGUGACGAUAUACACUGAUUCAGCAUAUGCACAUAGUGUAUGUCAUUUGUUUGGGGCAGUAUGGAAGGGUCGAGGGUUUAAGAAAAUGGAUGGUUCUCCGAUACAACAUCAUGCGCAUAUAAUGAAACUGUUGCAUGCUAUGAUGAAGCCUAAAGAGAUAGCGAUAGCUAAGUGUGCAGCUCAUAAAACAGAUGUGUCAAAAGUCACACAAGGGAACAAAGCUGCUGAUGAAGCUGUAAAAGCCGUCACAGGAGCGGACAAAUUGGGAAAAGUUUUUCUGGUCACUCAUGGAGUGGACUUGGAAGAAAAAAUUACGCUUAAGGAUGUGAUUUUGAUGCAGGAAGCUGCUUCUAUUAUUGACAAACAGCUGUGGCUAGACCGAGGGGCAGUGAAAGAUGCUACUGGUCUUUGGAGAAACCAUGAGGGGUUGAUAGUAGCGCCUCUAGACCUCUUAGGUCUGAUGAUUCAGGAAGCACAUGGGUUAGCUCAUGUUGCAAUGGGGGAGGUUAGGAGAAAGAUCACAAAGGAGUAUGGUUUUUGGGCACCAUAUUUGCUUGAACAGAUUGACUAUAUAAUAGGAAGGUGCACAAUCUGUCUGAAAAAUAAUGUUCGCAGGGGUGUGACGGUUCUUCCUGGUUACAUUCCUACACCGAGAGGUCCUAUGCGUGAGUUGGUUAUUGACUUUGUUGAUAUGAUAAAACCAGUUGAUGGGAAAAGAUACAUGUUGGUGGUUGUAGAUAGAUUUUCACGAUGGCCGGAGGCCUGUCCAACCAAGCAAAAAGAUGCUAAGUCGGUUGCCAAGUUCUUGUGUAAAGAAGUCAUAAGCAGGUGGGGAUUACCCGAUCGAAUAUCCUCAGAAAAUAGGAAGGAAUUUGUGGAUAAAUCAGUGAAAUUGAUGUUGCAAAAAUUGGGAAUUAAGCAACGUCUUGGAGCAGUUUAUCACCCACAAAGUCAAGGGGAUUUGUGAAAAAAUUAACGGUGUCUUGAAAAAUCGCAUUGUCAAAAUUUGUCAGCAUACAGGUCUAAACUGGAUAGCGGCGCUUCCUUUAGCAUUAAUGGUGUGUCGCUCAAGUGAGUUGCGUGAUCUACGUAUGACACCCCAUGAAUUGGUAACAGGAAGAAGGAUGCCUACGCCUUGUUUGCGAACAAGUGGAAAGGGUCCAAGCUUGGCUCUUUUGGAAGAUGAAAUGAGAGCGUACGUUACAUAUAUGGCCAAUUUUCAUAAAAAGUUGUCCACAUAUGUUUCUGACAGGCAAAGAAAAGAAGAGGUGGAGGAGGAGCUUGAUGAGAAAAAAAGGAGUACAGUGCAACCUGGGGACAAGGUGUUCGUGAAGGUAUUUAGAAGGAAGUGGUAUAACGAACGUCGUGAAGGACCAUUUGAAGUUGUUCGUAGUACUGGAACAGCUGUCCAGGUUAAAGGAUCUCCAUCGUGGUAUCAUUUGUCACAUUGUGUUAAAGCGCCUGGAGAAGAGGUGCCACGCGCAGAGAGAGAGGAUGUUGAAGGCUCAAGAGAGAAGGAGGGAGAUAGGGGAGAACAGGAAGAAGGAGAGAUUGUCAAUGUUAUGGAUAGCAUGGAUGAUAAUGUUUACACUUCUGAUGAUGCCAGAGAUGACUCUGCAAUGGAGGGAAAGGAAAGGAGAUUUGGGGAAAUUGAUUUUCAAUACGUCCCAGAAACAACAGGGAAUAUUUCAGUGGAAUGUGAAGCAGCGGAGAUCACCAAGGGCAACUCUGUUACAGGAGAAGCUGGUGAUUCGGUUAGACAAAGUAGGCCCAGACCAGAUAGGAGAAAAGUCCGACCAAAACGUUACCAAAACUAGGGUUGAAGUAACUCUGGGACAGUCAGCUCAGCUCCCAUGUAAGUGCACGAGAGAGAACAGUGGUGAAGGGAAAUUUAGAGUUCAGUGGGAAGAUCGAUAUGGCAGGAGUUUAGAUCUGUUAGGAGCAGUUGCAUUGAGAAAGUAUGCGUUGCUGAAUGAUAAGAGAAGAAUGAAGAUUGAGGGUGAUUGCAGUAUCUAUAUUUACAAUUCCCAGCAGGAAGAUCAAGGUGAUUAUAAAUGUAUUUUUUAUAAUCAACAGUUUGAAAGUGAGGGAUUAGAGUUGGGACUGAGAGUUAAUGUAGUGACACUUGUGGUGAUAGAUGGAAAUACAAGUAAAGACUUCAAAGCUUUGGGGAAAAUAGAUGAAACAACGACAAUGACAUCAACACUUCAGCCUAUUAUAACAACAGUGAGAAGCAAUUCAACUCUUUCAACAUUGACAGUUAUUAAAGCUAUAAAUAUAUCACAUUUGAUUACAAGGGAGCCAAUCGCUCCAGCACCAAUUUUAGAGGAAAAGACUGUCAUUAGGGUUAGGAUGGGUGGUACAGCUCAUCUUCCUUGUAGAUGUGAGAGAUGGAGUGGGGGUGGUGACGUUCCUCCCACAUGGAGAGAUAAUUAUGGAGAAGAAGUGUUGUUAUCAGGACCGGAAGUAGAAGCAGUGCCCCCUAGUCAAAGGACGUAUAUUUUGUACAACGAUAUGAAGUGGAAGAGGGUUAUGAGUGAUUGUUCACUUAUUUUGCGUAAUGUUACAUGGAAAGAUCAGGGAGAAUAUAUGUGUACUUAUCUAGUGCAAGCAUUAACAUUUGUUCCGGUUAAGAAUUAUUGGUUAAAAGGCUAUGUAAUUCGUGAAGUGACGCUUAUGAUGGAGGAUUUGAAGUCUGUUGAAGCUUCCACAGUCACCAAUGGAGUUCAGGAGAAGUAUAUUAAAGUAGCCACUCCAACAGUAAAUAAUACACAGAGGAUAUCGGUAACUUUCCCACUGGAAAUAGUUAAGGGUGUUAAUACAUCAACUAACGCAACGAUUUUAAUAGUAACUUUGAAAGAGGUUAAUGGUACGACGGCAAUAACAAAUAUAGGAAAUAUGACAUAGACACCAACAACAACUUUUCUGAAACUAAAGGAUGUAGCAAGAGUGACUCAGGAGUUUAUGAUACGGAUGGAGAGUGCUGUCAAUGGUAGUAAGGAUAGUGUUGAGAUAGGAGAGCAGAUGGUAGUAGAGAAUGAUGCAGAUUCAUCUGAAAUAGUGCAGAAUACUAUCAUGGAGGUACAGGAUGAGUUCUUUGAUUUUAAUGGAAGACAAGAAGAUAUAUCUGAUCAAUACCGCUCGUUAGGGAAGAGAGAAACUAAAUGGAAGGCAUUUGAUUCUUCUGUUUUGAAAAUUAAAGAUGGAUGGGCAGGUAGGAAUCUUUGGUUCCAACAGUUAACUCAUUCUGUAAGAUCAGUGAGGAAUCUUGAGGGUCGAUGUCUGUUGAGAAUUCCAGCACCAGGCACAUGGGGUUCCAUCUUAGAGACGGUCGCUCAACCUCUAUCAAGUACGUGUCAAUCUUAUGCUUUAUCAUGGCUGUUGUAUCAGCAACAAUCAUUAACAGAUACAAUAAUGUCGUUGUCGAAACAUUUGUUUAGGCCUAGGUUUAAGUGUUCUUGGUUAAAUGAAUUACCCUAUGUGAAUUUGUUAGAUGGGAAGGAAAAUCAGUUAACAGCGAUUCCUGAAGCAUUGGAGGUGCUUUGGGCUAAAAGCUGUUUUUGUUCAAAUAAAACAUAUGAUGGAAAGGGUAUGUUUAUGGGAAUAUCAGAUUGUGAUGAUUAUAUGAUGACUUUGGGUAAGCAUGAACAUAAGGUUAGUAAUGAGAAAUAUAAUGUAACUUUUUAUGUUCCAGUUAGUAAGAAGAGCAGGACUUUGAUGGUGAAAGAUCAGCUUUUGCCUGGUAAUGUGACUAUUGGGAAUUUUAGAGAUAUUUGGUGGGUUUGUGGUGAUAAAGCAUAUAUAUUCUUACCCUAUGGAUGGACAGGAUGUUGUUACAUGUCGACGUUGAAGCUUCCAUAUGAGGUUUUUACCAUUAAAAGAGGGGAAGUACCGGACACAGAUAAAUCUGAGUCUAGGUUUGGAAAUAGGGUGAAAAGGGACAUGGCGAAAUGUCAUAGUCUGGAAGCCUACCAUUGGAGGAUAAGUCUAGGAGAGAAGUGGGGACUGGGACUUUUUCCAUGGUAUGGUGUAACAUUUUUGGCAGAUCACAUUGAUAAUAUUACCUAUACUUUGCAGGGUUUUGCAAAUGAAACGAUAAGAGGGUUUAACCUUCUGUCAAAUACUCAAAGAAGUCACAGACUGACGCUGUUGAAACAUGACAUGGCUCUUGACUAUAUUUUAGCAAAACAAGGUGGCUUAUGCUUGGCUAUGAACUUGACAGGGGAUGAUUGUUAUACUUUGAUCCCAGAUAGUUCCGAUAAUAUCACUAGUGUUAUAGAUGCAUUGAAGAAUAUAAGGGAUGCGUUUGGUAGAUCUGAAGGAGCUGGAUGGUCAGCGAAGGCUUGGUUGCAAGAUCAGUUAGGCCCAGCGGGAGCAGUGAUAGUUCAGAUUUUAGUAGCAGCUCUGAUAGCGCUGUGUGUGAUGUUUUGCUUUUGUACUUUGUUAUUGACCUUUGCGAAGGCUAUGAUAUUGAGAUGGGUUGGAGUUGUGAUGCCUGGAGAAAACACUCAGCUGCCGUUGUUAACUGUUACUGAUCUAGAUGAAGAUGAACAAGUGGGACUGGAUGGAGUAUUGAUGGAUAGAUAUCCAUUUUGAAUAUCCGAUUAUUUUUCAAAUGUUUUUAAAUAUUAUUGUGAUUUUAGUAUUUUGUUAUGAAUCAAAGUGGGGAAAUGGUAUGUGAUUCAUUUUAUAUAUCAUUUUUAUAUUUUUAGUUGAUAUUGAUGUUUUAAUUUGAAUGUGUUGUUUUGCAAAAGAUACUGUUUGGUAUUUUCUUUUCUUCCAGAAGCAUAUGGGGGAAUGUGUAGAGGGGAUUCAAAUACUCAAACAUGGACAAUAUGAAAGGACAAUAUGAAUGGACUGGAGGAAGUGGAACAAGGAAGGUGUGGAAACGUUCAGAGUCCAUCAUCAACGAUGCAUUGGAAGUCGACACUGCUGAGGAGAUGAAGUGUAGUGGACUACAUUCCAGUGUCUGCAAUGAUAUAUAGACAUAUUUGCAUGUGUAAUACAUAAUUUGUGUCAUAUUCUUUCUGUAUUAAUUUUUGUAGAAUGAUAUUUGCUGUUAUUGGGUACAUGUGGGGAUCUCAGAUGUUUUUGUUUAUUUCGUGGAUGCUUAGGGAUAUUGGGUCUAGGCAGGGAUAGAGAGAAUCCACAGGAGGGUCCGAUGGGUUGACCAGCCUGAAUGUGGACAUUUUUGUUUGUAUUUUGUUUGCUGAGGCUUUCAUGUGUAUUCAAAGUGCAUCAUAGUUUAAAAUGCAUUGGUAAAGAUUUAUGAAUUGAUCUGGAGUACUUAGGUGGUUGCCUGGGGCAGAGGGGCCGUGAGAGAAUUUUACUGUCUUGAUUGAUUGAUGGAUAUUUGGAAAGAAAGCUGCCAGACAGGUUUUUCGCUCUCACACUCCACAAAGAUGUGUUCAUAUUUCAUAGAAAUGUAUUUACACUCCAUAGAAAAAUGUAUUUUUGGUUUAUUGUUAAAAAUACUCAAUAAGAGAAAUUGUUAUUUGUCAUAAUCCUAAUCUUUUUGUUUUCGAGACUUAGUUAGUCUCGAAGGGGGGAAAUGUGGUAUCUAAGGAAUUUAUGACUUUGUUAGCUUUGCAAAUGGUAAUGUGGUACCUAAGGAAUUUAUGACUUUGUUAGCUUUGCAAAUGGUAAUGUGGUAUCUAAGGAAUUUAUGACUUUGUUAGCUUUGCAAAUGGUAAUGUGGUAUCUGGGGAAUGUAUUACUUUGUGGGCGUUUGCAAAUGGUAGUGUGGUAUCUAAGGAAUUUAUGACGUUGUUAGUGUUUGCAAAUGGUAGCUUAGAGAAUGUUGAUUUGGCCUAGGGAGACAUCUGGAGAGCAGUUCUAUAGGAGUACCCUAAAACAGAGGAAGUCUGUUGUGUGGAGUGAUGGGAUUGGUCUGUAGGGGAAACCACCCCUAUCUUGGUAAAGAUUAUAAAUACUUGGUGAAGACAAAGGAGGUCAGAACAACAUAUUCUUUUGGGUCCACUGUUCUCCAGAUGCUUGCAGGUAUCUGUAAAUCGACGCUGAAAUCCUUUGUUAUGAAUAAACCUUUAUAAUCAAAGUACAGUGUCAGCGGAUCUCCUUGUCCUCCACAGCAUGAUUAGCAACAUGUUGUCAGACACAACACCCAUGUCAAUCCCCAGGUUGUGGAUGAGUAAGACUCAGCUUAACAAUGUCAAGCACAAGAUCAUCAUAUUUGAGCCCAAGCUUCUCAAUGGGAAGAUUACCAAAGAUCCCUAGAAGCUAGACUCUGUGAAACCGGUGAGACAGACCACAUGUAUUAUCAGUGUUAUAGAUGUUGAUAUUCCUAAAUACUGUACACAUACUACUGUUAAUACUAAUACUACUCUUUUUGUGUAAGUUGACCUUUGCCAGAUUUUAUAUUACAUUUACAUUUUAGUCAUUUAGCAGAUGCUCUUAUCCAGAGCGACUUACAGUUAGUGCAUACAUUUUUUAUACUGGCCCCCCGUGGGAAACAAACCCACAACCCUGGCGUUGCAAGCGCCAUGCUCUACCAACUGAGCUACAGGGUAUAUAUGCCGGUAUUCAUACCAGAUGCAGAAAAGGCCAUUUAUUUGGAUAAUGACAUCAUUGUACGAGGUAGCUCUUUACAGAACAUGAUCAUGUUUGUCACAGUAAGAUGAUCUCUUUCCUGAAAGUGAAUACAUUUUCUUCUGUUGAUUUUUUAAAUUAUUUCUAUUAUAUUUGCUUGACAUUCUACUGCACUGUUGGCCCUAGUAACAUAAGCAUUUCUCUGCACCUGCUAUAACACCUGCAAAUCUGUGUAUGCAACCAAUAAACUUUUGAUUCUAAUGAAUACUAGACAUAUGAUAUAUUUGCAGGGGACAUCGAAGAGCUUUUUCACACAAGCCUAAUUUCAGGGCAUGCAGCUGCGUUUUCAGAUGACUUUGAUUGUGCAUCCACAAAGGGCAUCGUUCGAGGGGCUGGGAACCAAGUACACAAUACAAGCUGUAGACUACACAGACACACUAAGGAAAUAAAACUUCCAUAUAAUAAAUGAAUGAACAGAGGGGGUCUUAUUUUACAUAUUGGUAUGAAAGCAUUUUUUCCCUUCAUAUUUGUACUUGGUACCAUAUCAAAUAAUGUAAAUGUUUUAAUUAUCUCAAGUAUGUAUUCCUUUAGAACAACUAUAUUGGCUUCCUGGAUUUUAAAAAGGAGGCCAUCAAGAAGCUGGGCAUGCGGGCCAACACGUGUUCCUUUAACCCCGUGAUGAUAGUGGCCAACCUGAUGGAGUGGAAGCAUCAGAACAUCACCAGCCAACUGGAACACUGGAUGGAGCUCAACGCACAGUAAAUCACCAGGAGAGCCAGACAGCCUCGGGGGCAGAAUUCCCUCAGCACUCCAGAGAUUAUUUUGAAAUAAAACAUCUAAACUGUACAUGAAUUAAAUCAAUCCAAAUAGACACUCACCACAGAUUGUAGACAAUUGAAAAGCAUUCCCUUUGAGUUUUCAUUUCCAUUUAUUGUAUUUUUUUUUUAUCAGGGAGGACCUGUACAGUAAGACAUUGGCAGAGAGUAUCACCACACCUCCCCUUCUCAUUGUCUUCUACAAACACCACUCCAGCAUCGACCCCAUGUGGCACGUCAGACACCUAGGUAAGAACUGUACUACUAUGGUCUGUCUGUCUCCAUGUUUCCCUAACGAUGAGCUGCAGACAGCCUUGGCACACUUAGUGGUGUAAUGUUGUAUGGAAAAGUAAAAAUAAAGGUUAUUGUUAGAGUAUCAUCCAGUGGCGGCUGGUGAAAAAUAUUCUCGGUGGGGCUGUGCCAUACUUUUUUUUUCCUGUAACCAUCGCGAUAUAUUUUAACACAAACUGCAGGACAGCAGUGCUCAGUGAAACAUUCAGUAAUUAUUUAAUGCCAAUAUUAAAAAGUUGAGGCAUUCUUACACAAAAACAUAUUACACAAACCCAAGCCUUUCAUUUGCAUUUAAAGUGAACUUUUCACCAUUGGUAGUAAACAGGCAACGCAACAGGCAUGCUGUCAGAACAGAGUGGAAAGUGGACAAUAACAUGAAAUUAUUAUAAAGUUUAUAGGAAAUCUUACACUGUAUAAAAGGAUGUAUAAUAUAGAAAUGGAUAUCAAGUGGAUGAACUCAAACCUUUGACUGGAAGAAUAGCAUACAGUAUUUUAUGAUCAUACUAAAUGUGACUAAUUGUUAAUGUGCUCCAGAACUGCAACAAUUAAUUGAUACAAAACAACCUAUAUACAGUAAUAUUAGCAAAGACACUAUUAAGACUUUCUAGAGUACCAUAUAUAACUGGAUUUUUUAUGCUAAGGUCAACUAUAUACAAAGAAACAUGCGGCCAGAGCUGCUCUGUGUGUGUGUGUCUGUCAUCUUAUUUGUACAGGAAUUUUGCCCGUCUGUCCUUCUGAGUGGCAAACCUCUCAAUGACCCUUUGAUUAAAGUCAGGAAUGUCCCUGACAAGUUUCUUCUCCAUGGAGAGCAUGGCCAGAGCGUUCAGGCGAUCCUGUGUCAUGCUGUUUCUCAGGAAGGUCUUGAUCCUUUUCAGUGUAGAGAAGCACCAUUCUGACUCAGCAGUUGUCAUGGGUGUGGUGAUGAGGAUCUUGAGGAGGCUGGCAGUCUCUGUGAAAGUGCUCUGAAGGUUGUUCUCCAUGAAGAACUGGUACAGGGGCACUGCACCACUACAAGCCUUGAACUCACUGUUCUCAUAGAUGAGGGACAGUUCGGUUUUGAGCUUGGCCUUGUUCAACAUGGGGUACGCCUCCACGGUUGUUUCAAGCGCUGUAUCGGGGAACUUCACACUGUGUUGUGGGAACAACUCUCCGUGCAAUAGUGUUGCGCUGAUGAGGUGCUGGGUGAAGGAGAACCUCUCUUUGGCAUGACUCAGGAUGGUAUCACAUACCUGUAAAAGAUACAUCAUCAGCUUUAAUUUGCAAUUAAGCUAUUUUGAUGCAAGUGAUCCUGACUGACACAUGCCUAUGUCCAACUCAAGUAUAUGAUUACCAAGGUGCUGAUUGUUCAGGGUUUUGGCUACAUACUACCAGGCCUGAAAAAAGUUCUAGGUGGGAAACACUGACAAUUACAUCACAACUUACCUCUAUAGCCAACCUCUGUUGUUCUCCUGGUCCCAGCAUCCUCCGUCGCUUGAUGGGCUGUUGCUGCUCGUCAGAUACGCUGUGCCCACACAAAGAGGGAAUUGAGGCCCUGGGUCCAAAAAAUAAAGUUUAAUUUGAUAACUUGCAAUCAGACUUCUUAACUCACUGUAAUUCCCCCUCAACACACAACCAGUGACUUUUAUAUAUAUAUAUAUAUAUAUAUAUAUAUAUAUAUAUAUAUAUAUAUAUAUAUAGACAGACAGACAGACAGACAGUGUGUAUAUACACACAAACUAUGUCUAGUAACUGCUUUUAACCUGUGAUGUACAUAAUUAACUGAUGUUAUUACGUUUUAAAGCCUUUUUCUAUUACAUUUGUGAGAGGGAUGCAACAUCAUUUUGUUCUGCUGUUCACUUAGCAAUAAAGUUAAUAUUCAAUAACAACUAGGCCUCUUCUAGAAAUUGACCUGGUGGACACCUGAAUAAUUAUUACAAACUGUGUAGUACUUUCCUGCAUUAUUAUCAACGUCUGAUUGUGUCUUCUCUUUCCUUUUAAAAUACUAAAACAAAUAUAAUUGUGACGGCUCUAUGAUAAUCACUCACACAAGCACCAACUGGCAGUGGGUGGAAACGUCAGUCGUCUCGUCAGCUUGAAUGGCGAUAAAAUCAGCACUCUUUACUUCCUCCAGGAUGUAAUCCUUAAGCAUUGACAGCAUACAGUCCAACAGCUCGUUCUGUAUCGUCUUUGACGUGCCCUUAAAAACGGUAGCUGUCUUCAGGUGCUCCUCCAGCACACUGUCGAGGGAGGCAACAAAAUCCACUAAGCCCCGGAAAAUGCCGGGGUUGUCUGAGGAGUCAGUCUCCUCGUGCCCACGCAAGGCCAACUCAAAAGCCCCACAGAACUUCACACAAUCGAUAAUUUUGGAUAGAAUGUGCCUGUUUUUAUCCACCUCCUCAUUGUGUUUCCUCACCGCAAUCCUGUGGCCGUCAUCCAGCUGCGUAGCAAUGUUCACCCUUCCUAAUACAGCUAGCUUUACAGAGUUGUCCAUGUGUGCCCUGGUGUUCUCAUGUUUCUUUACCUUCUCUGACAGGUGCUUCAUAUCCCUCACUCCGGUACCUGUCCAUGCUGAAUCUGACCCCGUCGUUUUAAAAAGCAAGCACGGAAAGCAAAAUAAAGCAUUAGCAUCAGUGCACCCAGCUAGCCAAGCCUUCCUGGUGUACCAGCUACGGGAGAAGCCGCGCAUAUACUGCUUCCCUUUCUCGCUAGCCUGCUGUCUGAUUGAGAGGUCAGGUUGAUCUGGGCCCAGCUCUUUCACCCGAACUUUCUCUGACAAAGUUCUCCUCUCAAACGGAUCUUGGAGGAGAGAUUUCACCGAGUUAGGGUUGGGUCUUGGAGGAGUAACGUUUGCGUUCGCCAUUGUUGUCUAGUAAAAAUGGCGUCACUGGACCCCGGUCCUUAUUUUAUCAGGGGCGAGCUUGGGGCGAUAAAAUAAUCGCCCUCCUUGGAUUCGAUUUAAGAUCGCUUAUUGACUACAUUUUAUGUCAUACAUUCAUAUCUUAAAUUAGCAAUUGGCUUAACUGCUACGUAGACCCGCCUCCUCGGGGCACUUUCUGUAUCGCCCAGAGCUGACGAGGCGUUUGACAGGCAGAGGAAAGGUUGCGAAUAUGAUUUUCUAUCAUAUCUUACACAUAUUACUGUGUGCAUUCCAUAUUUCAAACACACAAAUAUUGACAUACUGAUGUUUUUAUUAUUAUUAUUAUUAUUUUUAUUUUUUUAUUUUUUUAUUUUGUAAAAUAAUUUUAUUUAAGGGGGCGGCGCCCUAGCGCCCUCUAUCGGCCAGCCGCCACUGGUAUCAUCAUUGCCCUGUACAGUUUGUCCUCGAAACUAGCAAACUGUUGUUGGUCUUUGUUUGCAUAGAAAGAUUCAGUAUUGCUCCAUUUUCAGGGGCUACUGGUGCUGGAAACCGCUACUCUCCUCAGUUUGUGAAAUCUGCCAAACUCCUCCAUUGGAACGGACAUUCCAAACCAUGGUCCAGGACCUCUUCAUUCACAGAAGUCUGGGACAAGUGGUAUAUUCAGGACCCCACGGGUAUAUUCCACCCAGUUCAGAAACAUACAGGGGACAAGUAG